AAUAUCUUUUCCCACCAUUAUCAAUUCAUUUCCAUCGCACACACCUUUCCUUUUCCCUCCCCAUAUUUCUUCAAUUCCACACUUCUUCCUUCCCAAUCACUCCAACCUUCACCUCCGCCUCGAUCCACCGCUUUUCCCCUCUCUCCCCUCACUUUCCUUUCCCUCUAGGGUUUCGCACGCACGCCUAUGCGCGCUCUCCCACAUUCUCUCACGCUCUGAAUUCGCGCCAAACGACGCCGUUUGUCGCUUCAUGGCCGCCUCGCUCCACACACCGCCGCAUUCCGCCGCCGACAAGCCCUCCGCCGAGUUCCCCGCGGGGCUCCGGGUUCUCGUCGUCGACGACGACGCCACCACCUUGAGGAUUAUCGAGCAAAUGUCUAUACGCUGUCGUUACCGAGUUACCACGUGCACUGAGGCUACUGUUGCUUUAAAUCUUCUGCGGGAAAGGAAAGGUUGUUUUGAUGUGAUACUGAGUGAUGUUCAUAUGCCAGACAUGGAUGGCUAUAAACUCCUUGAACAUGUUGGGCUGGAAAUGGACCUUCCUGUUAUUAUGAUGUCUGGUGAUAGUACAACAAGUGCUGUCAUGAAGGGAAUCAGACAUGGGGCCUGCGACUAUUUGAUUAAGCCUGUACGUGAGGAAGAACUAAGGAAUAUAUGGCAGCAUGUUGCUAGGAAAAUCUUGAAUGAAAAUAAAGAACAUGAUCAUUCUGGCAGCAUGGAAGAUAAUGAUCGGAAUAAAAGGGGGAAUGAUGAUACUGAAUAUACUUCUGCUGUUGAUGCAUCAGAAAUAGUUAAAGCACCAAAAAAGAGGAGCAAUUUAAAAGAAGAAGAUGUUGAAUUGGAGAGUGAUGAUCCAACUACAUCUAAGAAGCCCCGUGUUGUGUGGUCAGUAGAACUGCAUCAACAAUUUGUCAGUGCUGUGAAUCAACUUGGGCUUGACAAGGCUGUGCCAAAGAGAAUACUUGAAUUGAUGAAUGUCCCUGGUUUGACAAGAGAAAAUGUUGCAAGUCAUUUGCAGAAAUUUAGACUCUAUUUGAAGCGAUUAAGUGGAGUGGCACAGCAGCAGAAUGGGAUGCUAAACGCAGUUCCUGGGACUAUAGAAUCCAAGCUGGGUGCUACUGGAAGAUUUGACAUACAAGCUUUGGCUGCUGCUGGCCAUGUUCCUCCUGAAACACUUGCAGCCCUUCAUGCUGAGCUCCUAGGUUGCCCAGCAACUAACAUAAUGCCUACAGUGGACCAGACUGCUCUACUGCAAGCAUCCAUGCAGGGGCCAAAACAUUCCCAUUCUGAACAUGCUGUAGCAUAUGGUCAACCUCUUGUAAAGUGUCCUUCCAACAUUAACAAGAAUUUCCCUCCAUCUGGCUUAACUGUAAAUGAUACGUCAUCUGGAUAUGGUGCAUGGCCAUCAUCUAAUAAUACAAUUGGUUCCGUGAGACCCAAUACUAGUCUUGAAAGAGUGGGUAUUCAGAAUAACAACAUGCUGAUGGAUAUGUUAGAGCACCAACAAAGGCAGCAGCACCAGCAAAAACAACAGCGACAGCUGCAGCAGCAGUCACUGAUACAUGAUCAAAGUUGUUCAAUCAAUGUACAACCAUCUUGUUUGGUGGUUCCCUCUCAAUCUUCCGACACUUUCAAGGCAGUAAAUAGUCCUGCUUCUGUCAAUCAGGAUUGCAGUUUUGGCAGGAAUGCCGCUAUUGAUUAUAGUCUAUUUUCACAGAAAUCAAAUUAUUCAUUGAUUGCUUCUCAAUUUCCUGGUGGGGACACAAAAGCCCAAGGUGUUCUCUAUGGGUAUACUACACCCUCGACUUGUUCAACGGGCUCCAGCAAUGGCAAUAUUCAGCAGCUUCAAAACUCAACUUUUUCAUUUGGCGCUGCAAGACCUUUGCCUAGCCUGUUGCCUAUGUCUGAUAGACAAGAUCCCUAUGGUUUUAAAUCAGAUGAUUCACUUGAUCAAGUAUGUCUUAGGAAUCUUGGGUUUGUUGGAAAAGGUACCUGCAUUCCAAGUAGGUUUGUAGAAAAUGAAAUUGAAUCAUCUGUAACUGAUUUUAGUCAAAUGAAAGUCAACGUAGAUAGCAGUGGCAACACACUGAAGGAGGAGCCAAAUUUUAUAAAUUUUCCCAAAGUGAGCCACCCAAUCAUAGAAAGAUAUCCAUCUCGUGACCGUUCAAGCGUGUUCACUGAAUAGGUGUGAAUCUUGUUUGCAACAGGUUGAAAUAUUUCGUGAGAAGGCCUUUCCAUAAAGGUACAAAGUCCGUAAUAGCUAUCCUUUAUACAGACUCGGUUUUCAUUGGGCUCUACACUACGCUUAGUAAUUGGUGAGAAGACGUGUUCAAAAUGGUACAUAUUGUUUCCUCUUCAAUUUUCAGAGUAAUUGUAGAUCAACUUAACUGCAAAUACUCCUUCAAAAAUCGAAGGGGAAACAAUAAGUACCUUUAUGGAAACGCCUUCUCACCAGCUCUUUAGUUCCUUUUAGAGUCCAAUGAAGACUGAUUCUGCAUAAGGGAUUACUAUUUAUGGGUGUUGAUUUGCUCGUUAGUGGCUGCACACAUGUAUGUAUCUAGGAAUGUUUUAUAAUCUAUCAACUAGUUUGUAGGAAAAUAAAAACAAAUUCAACUGUUUGAAUUGAUGAUUUCUAGCCAGCAAAAUUUAUCUAGGGCUUCUUUGUUCAUAAUGUUAAAGGCAUGGUAAUUAUCCAUUAUCAAAGUAGUUUGAGUUGUAUGGUAUUCUUACCUUUGUAUGUUAACUGCUUAUAGCUGUUAGUUGAGAAUUUUAAUAUUUAGGGACAUUUACAAUGUCCACCCAUAAUUUUUUUUUUA